ACGCUACUGUUCAAUUCCCUUCUUCAAAAUUUAAAAAUUAAUAAAUAAAUUAAAAAAAAAAAAAAAAAAACGGAUAAACCACCAAGGAAAAAUGCCCCUUACCAGAGAGUGAUUUGCAGAAGUUACUCCACUCUUCUCCUCCAUCAAACCCUAAAAGUAUUCUCUCCCUCUCUCUCUUCGCACUUUCGCUCUCCAGCAGACAUCCAUGGAUGCCUCCGUACCGGCUACCGGUCAUGGGGAAUAGCGGAGUCGAGCCACAUUUCCAAUGGGCAAAGUCGAGGAAGAGCAGGCCCUCUCUUCAACGGUUGUUCGCUCCGAAGCGUCGGAGCAGAAUGCAGAGAGCCGAUGCGGGGUCCGCCGGUUCGUCGGGCUCAGAUGCGUCUUUGCUCUGCUAUUCUCCGUCGCUGUUUUGCUCUCCGCCGUCUUCUGGCUGCCUCCGUUUUUGCAAGACGCGGAUCAGGGGAAUCUGGAUCUGGACUCCCGCUAUCGAGAUCAUGACAUAGUAGCAAGUUUUAAAGUUGAAAAGCCAGUUUCUUUGCUGGAAGACAAUAUCUUGCAGCUCUUGAAUGAUAUAUCUGAUGAGAUAGGCGUUCUCACUACCAAAGUGGUAAUUUUAUCUCUAGAACCUUCAGUUGGAUUGAACAGAUCUGAAGUUGUGUUUGCAGUUGACCCUGAUGCAAAAUAUUCAGAAGUAUCUACGACUGCUCAAAGUUUGAUUAGGUCCUCUUUUGAAUCUCUGGUUAUAAAUCAAUCAACUCUACGGUUGACUAUGUCUUUGUUCGGGGAGCCGUUCCUUUUUGAGGUCCUAAAAUUUCCAGGAGGUUUUACUGUGAGCCCUAUACAGAGUGGAUUUCUUCUGCAGAAAGUGCAAAUCCUUUUCAAUUUUACGUUGAACUUCUCUAUCUAUCAAAUACAAGAAAAUUUCAAUGAAUUGACAAGCCAGCUGAAAUCAGGGUUACACCUAACUCCAUAUGAGAACCUUUAUAUUAGCUUGACAAAUUCCAAAGGUUCAACAGUGGCUCCCCCUACUACUGUUCAGUCAUCAGUUUUACUUGCAAUCGGGAAUACACCCUCAUUGCCAAGAUUGAAGCAAUUGGCUCAAACCAUAACAGGUUCUCAUGCAAGAAACCUUGGCCUGAAUAACACGGUAUUUGGUAGAGUUAAACAAGUUCGGCUUUCUUCUAUUCUGCAACAUUCCCUUCAUGGUGGUGAUGGCAGUGUGCCUACUCCAGCUCCUUCACCUCAUUCCCACCAUCAUCACCACCACCAUCAUCACCACCACCACCAUCAUCACCAUGAUGCCCAUCCUGCUCCUGCAAUUGCACCUGCAGUUGCCAGUGCCCCUGCAACUGAGAAAGGUUCACAUGCACCUGGAAGAAUUUCACCUUCACCUAAAAGCAGUUCUGCUCCUGAGAAUAGUAAUGAGGCAAGGCCUCCUGAUUGCCGAAAUGGGCAUAAAAGGCCUACAGGGAAGACCAAAAGGCAUCCUUUUUUAGCCCCUACUGUUGCUCCUAUGAUUUCUCCACAGCAUUCUGCGGCAUCGCCACAUCUGCAAGUAGUCACACCAUCUCCUGCUUCCCAUCCAAAACAUGUAUCAGGUCCCUUGCCUAAUGUAGUUUUUGCUCGAGUUCCACCCCCAUCAAAGAGCAAAGAUGAUGCAGAAUCACCUGACAUAAUGUCGUCAGUUCCACCGACUCCAUCUUCGUCUUGUGCAGGUCGUCUUCCCCCAUGUCAAUGGGCAUUUCCACUGUUUCUAGCUCUUCUAUUACGUCUAUAGCAACAGCAGAAAAAGCAAGAUAUUCAGCUUUCUAGAUAAAAGGCACUUCUUCUGUAUUCAAUGAAGGACUUCUUUGGAUCACUCAGCUCGAAAUGAACAAGACAAACCAGGGAGGUUUGCUGUGGGAGCUGCGCAAAAGAGCUUCCCUUGCAUCCAUCCGAGUGGAUAUAUGUUGUUUUUGUGCAUGUAUAUAUUCGAUUAAAAUUCAGUUGGCAGAUGAGUUUUCAGGUCAAAGUCACAGAGGUGGCAGGCCCUUGAUGACAUCUAUUGCCGCUGUUUCGUGUAUGAUUUCGCUUAUGCAGAAAUGUUGUAAGGAGGUAUAAAAAUUAAAACAAAAAAAAAAAAAAACCAAAAGCCAAAAAACCGAAGAAAAAAAAAACGCGAAAUGUAUCACAUAUUUUUGUUUAUCAGCUCAAGCUCACCAUGUAUUUUUUUCUUUUUUUUCUCCCCUUAGAUACCCGUUUAUUGAAUGUGCCUUUUUCAUUUCUGUUUAUUUGAUCUGCUGAAUAUUUUUAAAA